AAAAAAGAUUCAUUUCUAUGUGUUUCCAUGAAAGGAUGAUCAUACAGUAGAGCUGUCAGAACAAAACAAUAUUCCAAACUUCUUCCAAACAAUUCCAAAUACAACUUGUUCGACGUGGAAGUAUCGUUAAAUUUAACUUCGGAAGGACUCUCAUAAUGAAGAGAUUAAUCGUUAUUUUAAGCUCUCUAAUGAUUCUUUACACAGUUUCAAGCGAUGAUUCGAAUACAAGUAAGAAAAAGUCAUCGCAUAAAAGAGAUAUCACAGAUAUGAAUGAUGCCGACUUGGAACGUAUACUUGAUGAAUGGGAGAAACAUGAAGAACCCUUAGAACCUGACGAGCUUCCUGAACAUCUUAGGCCAAGCCCGCAAAUAGAUUUGUCAAAAGUUGAUAUGACAAAACCGGAUGAAAUAUUACGGAUGACGAAAAAAGGCAAAAGCUUAAUGAUGUUUAUAGACGUUAACCCAGAUAUCUCGGAAGAGAACGCCAAUGUUCUAAUGAGAAUAUGGCAGGGCAGUUUACAAAAUAAUCACAUUAUUGCAGAAAGAUAUCCAAUUGAUCUUAAACGAGCAGUGUUUCUUUUCCCAGAAGGAUCUCAAGCUAUAGAUGCGAAAAAUUAUUUAUUAGAACAACCUGAAAUAUCGCAUAUCACUCUCGAAGGGCAGACAUUUUAUGGGAAACAUGCGAAAAAGAGUGAAAAUGCAGCCAGCGAAGAAUCAAAUGCAAAAGAGCCUAGGAAAAAAUUGGAAUUGUGAAACUUCUACGGAUUUUGAAAUUUACAAUUCUUAAAUCGCAUUGACUAAAAGAAAAAUCUGCAUGAUAGUAUGGCAAAAUAUCACCCAGCAUUUAAAAAAAGAGCAUACAAUAUCUAUAAUUCUUUAAAUAUUUAUAUGUAAAAUAUGAAUAAUAUUGAUUUGUAUCAAAAGUGAAGGGCCAGUUUCAUAUGUAGUUGAAAAUUCUGUCUUUAUGCUUAUAAGAAAUUAAGCCAAUGGAAAAUAAAUAUUUUUUUCUAUUUCA